CAUUGAGUAUUUUGAAACGGCAAAUCUCAAACAAUCCUCGAAAUACACCAAGCCUGGAACAUAGUGGUGAAAAAUGAAUCUUGGGUCUAGUGACUUUCUAGUUACCAGAUGAAAAUAUUUAAAUCAAAGGUAGCUCUAAAAUAAUUUUAAAGCGAACGUCGCUAAGGGUACAUACAAAAAACAAUUACUUUAACGAAAAAUUAGUCACUUUUUGUUUUUAAUAUAUAAGUAGAAUUUAGUGAAAAGUAAAGUUAAAAAGUUGUAAGUAAAGUAAUAAGAUACAAUUUGGUGAAUAUGAAUAUACCACAGGGAUUCAAUUUUCCAAUGGCUUCUCUAUAUGUUGGAGAUUUACAUCCAGAUGUGACAGAAGCUAUGUUAUACGAAAAAUUCACCACUGUUGGUCAGGUAUUAUCAUUAAGACUAUGCAGAGAUUCAAGAACAAAGCAAUCGCUAGGAUAUGGAUAUGUUAAUUUCAAUCAAUUGGCGGAAGCCGAAAGGGCUUUAGAUACCAUGAAUUUCGAUUUAUUAAAAGGAAAACCGAUUAGAAUUAUGUGGUGUCAAAGAGAUCCAUCGCUGAGAAAAUCUGGCAUUGGAAAUGUUUUUAUUAAAAAUCUCGAUAAAAAUAUCGACAACAAGGCAAUGUAUGACACUUUCUCCGCAUUUGGAAAUAUUUUAAGCUGUAAAGUGGCUCUCGAUGAAAACGGAAUGUCUAAAGGAUACGGAUUUGUACAUUUCGAAAAUGAAGAGGCGGCCAACAAAGCUAUAGAAAAAACUAACGGUAUGUUACUAAAUGGAAAAAAAGUAUAUGCUGGCAAGUUCAUUCCUAAACUAGAAAGAGAAAAAUCAAUAGGCGAAAAAGCCAAGCUUUAUUCAAACAUCUACAUCAAGAACUUCGGGAAUCACGUCACCGACGAACAAUUGUACCAGAUAUUCUCAAAAUACGGAAAAAUUACAAGUUCUGUUGUGAUGAAAAACGCAGAUGGUUCUUCCAAAGGAUUUGGUUUCGUUGCGUUCGAAGAACCAAAAGCAGCCGAACUGGCAGUGAAAGAAAUGAACAAUCGCGAAGUGAACGGUUGCUGUCUUUACGUUGGACGUGCUCAGAAAAAGACCGAACGUAUCAACGAGUUGAGAAAAGUUUACGAACAGGUGAAGUUGGAACGUUACGCCAGAUUUCAAAGUGUCAAUUUGUACGUUAAAAAUUUGGACGAUUCGUUCGACAACGACAAGCUAUGCAAGGAAUUCUCUCAGUUCGGUACAAUCAAAUCUGCUAAAGUCAUGUACGAGCAAGGGAGAAGUAAAGGUUUUGGUUUCGUGUGUUAUACUUCCCCAGAAGAAGCCACCAAGGCUGUUACAGAGAUGAAUGGCAGGAUGGUUGGGUCCAAGCCUUUAUACGUGGCCUUGGCGCAGAGGAAAGAGGACCGAAGAGCCUUCCUCAACAAUCAGUACAUGCAAAGAUUGAGACAGCAAAGUAUCAACUUUCCAACGACAACUCCUCCGUUUGUGCUUCCAGCUGUUGCUUCAGGGCCUAGAUUUUAUGGGCAUAUCAACCACAUUAGGGCCACCCCUCGCUGGCCAAAUGCUGCGCCGAUACGUCCAAACGGUACCUAUCUACAAAUGAUGUCGAAUCCUUCCUUUCGAUCUGCCGCAAGACCUCUCCAACUGAACAAUAUCCGCAACGCUAUCCACGCCAGAGCUAUAACUGGGCAGCAGACACCAACAGCUCGCCCUAACAGCAAAUACACCAGCAACACGCCAAGUAACAUGGUACGCUCGAUGAACAUGGGACUUGGUAAUGGAGGAGACAACACCUUGGAUGCUAACACCCUCAACGAAGCCAACCAGGAUCAGAAGCAGGUGCUGGGCGAACGUCUGUACCACGUGGUCGAGAAACUUCAUCCCGAGAUGGCUAGCAAGAUAACAGGAAUGCUGCUGGAAAUCGACAACAAGGAGCUCGUCAGGAUGAUCGACGACCAGGACUCCCUAAAGGCAAAAGUGGAAGAAGCCAUUGCCGUCUUGCAAGCCCAUAAGGGACUAGUAGUUCAAGAUUAAUUUUAUUCUUAUUAUCGGGUUCAUUUACUAACGAUGCAAACUUAGUUGUCCACAUUCGAUGUUUAAUACCUAAGUUUUAUUUAAAAUGUAAUUAAAUUGGAAAGAAUUGUUUUAGUUAAUACAAAUGCCAAAAAUAUUUACACGCAACGCAACAUCUAAUUCUUUCCAACUUGUUUUAGUUUCUGAUGAUUUUGAGAAAAUUCGUAUCAUUUAAAUAAAUUAUUACUGUUGUUCAUAA